ACCUUUUCACAUCCGGAAGGUCACACGCAUGGAGUCUCGGAGGUGACUGUUGUGGGAAUAGAUUGAAUAGAAUUCUGUUGUCAGGUUUCUUCUUUCAGUAUUUAAAUUAAGUCAUUGGUGUUUUGUGCUUUAGCGUGAGAGCUACUUUAGUACAGAAAUGUUUCAUUCGUCCUUCCGGUAAUUUCUGGUCAGUAAAUUGACCAGCUAAAUAAGCAUAAACUAGCUAGCUAAGGCUAGCUGCAGUGGUUACUACUGCAAGGGCACUUGAAAGCAAUUGGAAACUAUCGUUUGCUACUUAUUGAUUGCAAGUUAGCUGCAGCAUUAUACUGAGUUAAUUCUCUUGGUACGUGUUUUGGGAAAAAUAUAUUGCAUACAUAUUGCAUUAUGCUGCGAAGUCUUGUGGCAUUGCAUUGUCGGAUCGGCCAAACGGUUCUGUCUCAUCAGCGACAUCAUGUUCAGCAACAUCAAAAUCUGAUCCAUCACCUGCAGAAUGCUAGAUGCUAUGGCAUGGCAAGUUCAGAGCGGAGGAAAUUCUACGAAGAUGUCUCUAUUUCUCAAAGUGAAGGAGGAAUGUUUGAGAUCAAUCUAGACCGCCGAAAGCUGAAAACCCCUGGAGGCAAACUCUUCACUGUACCCAAUGAAGCCCUAGCAAUAGCUGUGGCAACAGAGUGGGAUGCUCAAAAGGACACACUCAAGUUCUACACUAUGCACCUGUCAACUCUGUGCAACACAGCCUUGGACAACCCCACCCAACGUAACAAAGAGCAAAUGAUUGAAGCCGCCCUCAAGUACCUGGAGACAGAUACUAUAUGCUACAGAGUUGAAGAACCUCCAGCCCUGGUUGAGCUGCAGAACAAUGAAUGGAACCCAGUAAUGGAGUGGAUUGAGAAACGUUAUAAUGUGGUUAUUGGUUCAUCAUCAAAUAUAAUGGGUCCAGAAAUCCCUGAAGAGACGAAGGACACUUUUCGUCAGCAUCUAAACUCAUACAACUUUUGGGCUUUGACAGGCCUGGAAUAUGUGAUCACCCAGUUGAAGUCUGUAAUCCUGUCCUUUGGGAUGAUUGACCGCUACUUGACAGUGGAGCAGGCUGUGCUUCUGUCACGCUUAGAAGAGGAGUAUCAGAUCAAGUACUGGGGCAAUGUGGAAUGGGCGCAUGAUUAUGACAUGUUUGAGCUGCGAGCACGCACGGCGGCUGGUGCGCUGUUUGUCCAAUUGGCCUCUGAGAGCUCCACAGUCAAACGCAAAAUCCUACAGGACUGACCUGCGCUUUGCUGUGGGUGGAAGCACGUACGGAACUGUAACAACAUAUACUGUAAAUAAAGUGAUUUGGUUUAAAAAAUGAAA